AUGGUUCUGGAUACGAAAACAAUGGAAAAUUCACUUAAUUUACGGCGCAUGAUAUGUGAAACGAAUGUUCUUUCACGUUCCGACUGUUCGGCGGCAUUAUCACAAGGAGCCACACAGGUGAUGGUGUCGGCUAACGGUCCCGCCGAGGUAAAGCUACGGAAUGCUGAAUCGGAAAAUUGCCACAUCGAGGUACAGUACCGGCCAAACGCAGGGCAGGAAGACAUACAGCACCGCUUGAUGGAAAGCCUUAUUAAACGUUCAUUCGUUCGUGUUGUAGCGACACCCGCUUUCUGUCGCAGCACCGUGUACGUGUAUGUUCAGGAAAUGACCGAUAAGGGUGGGCUUCUGGCUUGUUCCAUCAAUGCGACCUGUUUGGCAUUGAUAACGAGUGGAAUCGAGCUUAACUUUACGGUAGCAGCCGUACACUGCAUCCUGACCGAGGAUGGUGUAAUGAUACUUGAUCCCGACCAUAAACAAAUGAAGCAGCCACACAGUUCGUUCACGUUUGUGUUCGAUAGCAUCGCGAAGAAUUCGGUUACAUCGUACGUGUAUGGCAGCUUUACGCAAGAAGAUUAUGAAAAAGUUGUCAGUGUGUGUAGAGAAGCAGUGGAUAAGAUAUUCAAUUUUUAUCGUAAAGUUUCGCAAAACAUUACGAAAGUUGUAACGGAUGAUAGUUAAUACACGGUGAAUGAAUGAAUAUGAAUA